AUGUCAUGCAACGGCUGCUCAGACAAACCCUCAGACAAACUCUCGUCCAAGUCUGACCCAGACCAUGAUGACGGGUCUGUUCUACAAAGACUCGUUCAAUUAGUCGUCAAAUAUCUACCGGAAGGGUCUGCCUUGCUUUCAUCCUCGUGUUGCUGGCUGCCAGCUGUCCUGGACUUUCUCUUUGCGGGUUCGGUGGCCACUGCUGGCAUUGAGAAACUGCGAAACGCUUUUCUGGCGAUUUCCAUUCUGACUCUUAUAUGGGGCGUGUGGCGCGAGGGACUCAGUCGUAGAAUGCUGUGGCGCAUUGCGAUCUGUGUCGGUUUGUCGGCUUGGGAGCAGGUGAAUCGGGUGGGAAAGGUCGAUGGCGAGGGGCAUCACAGCUGUCAUUAA